AAAAAAAUGUUUGUAAAAUUAUUUACGGUGACACUCGUGGUUGUCAUUAAUUUGCAAGAAAUUUAUGGCCACGGAAUGCUGUGGGAUCCUAUAAACAGGAGCAGUGCCUGGAGAAAGGGCUUUCCCGUACCGCCUAACUAUACCGAUAACGAGCAUUUCUGCGGUGGAGUCGGUAUUCAACAUCAACGAAAUGGAGGCAAGUGCGGAGAAUGCGGUGAUAAUUAUGCUCUACCCCGACCACGACCAAACGAAAAUGGAGGCAUUUAUGGAACCGGCGUCAUUGUCCAAAAAUACAAAGCAGGUUCUACCAUUGAUGUAAUAGUUCGUCUCACAGCCAGUCACUUGGGUUACUUUGAAUUCAAUCUUUGCCCAUUGACAACAGAGAAGGAAUUAGAAACAGACAAAUGCUUCGAGCAGUAUCCUCUCUCAUUAGCGGACGGUAGUGGCUACAAAUACCCUAUUCGUAUUCACGGAUCAAAUGAUCAUAACGUCAAAUUGGUUUUGCCGAAGGAUGUCACAUGUAAACAAUGCGUACUCAGAUGGCACUAUCGCACCGGAAACACUUGGGGCACAUGUGAAGAUGGAAAAUCUGGCAUGGGUUGUGGCCCACAAGAGACUUUCAGAAGCUGUGCUGAUAUCUCUAUCACAAAUUAACAUAACCUAACUUCAACACAUAUGUUCGAAUCAUAUUUAUUUACCUUUAUGCCAUCUUGAAAGCGACCAAUUGAAGCUUAUGAUCUUUAAUGGAAGAAAAUUCGGAUUUUUAAUUAUUGAAAAAUUUUUUGAUUUAUCAAAACUUAUUGAAGC